AUGUCGACUGUACUUGUCACUGGAAACCUUGUCGCACAAGCAGCCCAAGCCUCCUUCCGACCGCCCCGACUGUCUCAUAUUUAUAUUAUGGCGUCCUCACACAUUGUCUUUGUGUGUGUGUGUGUGUGUGCUUUUCGUGGGGUGAAAACAAUCACGAACGCUGUUAGCAGGAAUGGCGGAGAAGAGCCGGACUCGGGCCCAUCAGAGUAUACAGGGAAAAGGGAUCUGGCCGAUAGAAAGAUGGGAUUUACUCCAACAGAAGAGGUUACACACGCACAGGAUCUGCAGACGUACCUCGUCGAGCUAACUAUGUCGACGCACUUGUCCCGCCUCUGCUCCUUCCUUAUCUUCGUCUCUCUCGAUUGUCGUAAUAUUUUUGUUUGUAUGCCUUCUUUGUCUAUUUGUCUGGGGCAGAAGACAACCAAACCACUCCAGCCUACUGUCAACGAGCGCCUUUUUGUGACCUCUCAGAAGGUACAUGACAAAGGCGGAGGGAAAUCUGCACCCGUCUGCAUGCCGGUACGCGCAAUUUCAUUCUCUAACUGCCUCAUGCAAGACAAGUCUAAUGACACUACUGCUGCUGUUGCUGCUUUCGUUGCUGUUGCUGAUGCUGUUGCAGUCGCUGUUGCUGGGUCCCUUAACAUUGCUGAAGGGCAGUGGGAUAUAAAUGGAAGGAGGCUACGCUUCAGACCCGAGGGUUGUCAGCUUCAGGAUCGGUGCAGAAGCGGUUGUCCAGGUGACUUCACUGAAGAAAGUAGUCCGGAUCGCUAUGGCACCUGUUCAGGCGGUCGAUUUGAGCACUCAUGUUAG